AUGCUGUCGCGUAGCCUCUUCUCCUUGAGGUUGACACCUUCAGUGCUCGGAAUGGUGCAACCACAACGUGAAGUCCAUCACCACAUGGAAAGAGGGGACAUUGCACGCUACCUGGGCCUGGCCCGGUCGAACAGGGCGAAGGCAAACCGGAAUACCCAUGUCAAGGAACGUAGAUUUCGUAAACUACGUGGCCAGAAAACCGUGAUGAUUGACUUGCCCGAAUACGAAGAGGAGCAGAAGCUGAACAACCUGCCGCCCGAUCAACUGCGUUUGGAAUUGUUAAAGAAAGGGAUCAACCCCUACAAGGAUGUGUCUCCAAGGAACUGGCAAGAAGCUCAAGUUACCCAGACGUCUUUCUACUCCGUAAUUGAUCCGUACGUUGAUUUGGAAGAAAAGGUCCCGCUAUUUUCGACGAACCCUGUGGAAUCGGGCAAGGCAAAAUUCGCGGAAGUAAAAGAUCGUGGCCUGCAUAUGUGGCAUAAUUGGAGGAACGGGACACGCCGAAUCAACCGGAAAGAAGGCAUUAAUUUUUCGCCCAAAACUUUUGGGCCGACGGCCGAAUUUGUCUACAAGGAAGCACACGAAGCGCUAAUGAGCCGAGAUCGGAAGGCCCUUCAUCGGGUUGCCACGGAAAACGCUUUCCAGAAGAUGUGGAAGGACGUGGAAACCGGCUCGAUCAAAUGGGAGCUGGUUGAAGUUGUCGAGCCACAUAAGGUCGUUUCUAUCCGGUGCUCGGACAUUCCCGUUAACUCUGGCAACGAUGUUGCCCAAGUGACUGUCCGAAUGCACACCCGGCAAAAGUUGGCCGUCUACGAUCGCUUUGGAAAACUACUCGUCGGCUCGGAAGUCGAGACGCGGGAUGCCGUCGAAUACGUCGUCUUUGAGAACCAUAUUUCGGUACAAGGGAGUAGCUGGCGGCUACAUGACAAGGUCUAUCCACGGUGGAUAAAACCGAAGCAGGGUAUCCAGCGGACGAAGGUGCUUGGAGAUGGUGUAAGUCGACCGGAGGCCUCAGCACCAGUCAGCCUCGAGAUCGUGAAGAAGAUCGAAGAGCAACAGAAGCAAGAAGCCAAACAAAGCUCC